AUGUUUCACGAUUUCGACAAGAUUGAUUUCGGUUUAUGCAAUGAUAAUUGUGAUGUUGUUGAUGAACAAAAUGGUUAUAUGAGGCAAUUAAUCGAACAUGUCACGAUCAGUCCCAUGGAGAUUCUGAGCAUGAACAAGAAAUGCGGGUUCUCUAGAUUUUGCGAGAGGAAGUAUGUAGACCUUGUUCACCCGACAAUGGAGUGCUCGAUUUUCAGACAUCUGGACAGGAAGGAGAAGAAGAUGCUCGAUUCUUGGAAACCUUUGUCUGUUUUUCACGAGUUGUUUGUUAUGAUGGCGAGCUCGAUUUGGCUUCUUCAUAAGCUGGCCUACACAUUUAAUCCCAUGAUUGAAAUUUUCCAGGUCGAGAGGGGAUUUGAAUUCUCGAUGGUGUACAUGGAGAAUGUUUUGGGGAAAAAAGGUGUUUUUGUGGGAAAGAGUAAGCCGACAGUUGGAUUUACGGUUGUGCCGGGAUUCAAAGUCAGCAAGACAGUUGUUCAAUCUCAGGGGAUGGUGAAGCCGACGGCGGCGCUGGCGGUGGUGGCGCUUGCGGUGGUGCUGUCGUGGUUGCAGUGGCUGUGA